GGUGUGCGCGUACAGUGAGUGCGUGUAUGUCGCGCAGCGCUGUGUAGUGUUGCGAACGCAUAGAUCUGUUCAAACAAAAGGAGUGUUUGAAUGCAUUGAAUGAGAAAAUGGCGAACAUUUCGGUCCACAAGAGGAAAGACGGCGGACCUAAUCAACGAUUCUUCGACUCCUCCGACACCAUACAGGCCUUCGAGACCGUCAGACAAUGGCUUCAGAAGAACUGCAAGAAAUACAUUCAAGCGGAUCCGCCGACCAACAAGAGUCUGUCAGCUCUGGUGAUCCAAUUGAUCCAAUUCCAAGAGGACGCGUUCGGCCGAACGGUUGUCAAACCGCCGUUGACUCGACUCCCGAUGAAGUGCUUUAUGGACUUCAAAGGCGGCGGCGGUUUGUGUCGUAUCUUUGAGUCGGUGUUCAAAUUCAAGUCAGACCAGGGAUGGCGUCGUUUCGACUUCUCUUCGCCCUCCCGUAUGGACCGCAACGUCGAGAUGUUUAUGGGAAUCGAGAAGUUCUUAGUGAACCACAAAUGCUUUGUUGAGCCAAACGUUUUCUUCACUCCCGAAGUGGACAAACAAUUAGUCCUCAAAUUGAAGGACAUUGUGAAGAGACAUAAGGGACAGGUUGUCGAGAGUGCCGAAGAGGCCACACAUUUAGUCCAUCCGCCCAUCGCUUCGAGCGGCGAAUGCGACGAUUGGAUCCGUUUAGUGAUGAGACGCGACAAAUGCGCUCUUCUUCACUGGUGGCAAACGCCCGACAGCUAUGAUAAUUGGGUGACAGGGGUUGACAUCGACGUGGAGCCCGAGUCGCCUCAUCCCAAGUCAGACCCCUAUCAGGUGAACGCGCGAUGGAUUCUCGAUUUGGAUGAAUAUAAUGAAUGGAUGAAUGAAGAGGACUAUGAAGUGGACGCCGACUCCCCCUCCAAACGCAAGUCUCCGCGCGGGAAGUAUUCACUCGAAGAGCUGUUGACUUCGGAUGAGAAACGCGAUCGAAAAGCCGGCUCUUCUGUCAAAGGCAAGAGAAGACGCUCUCCUUCUCCGCCAUUGGAUAAGAAAAGGCGAGGAAAGGGAAGCGCCAGAAGUCCAGCGCCCGCUUCCACCAGUAAAAAGAAGUUAUUCAGAGGUAAUGAUGAAGACUCUGAAGACUUAACUAAAGAUAUGGACGAACCAUCGCCUGAGCCUAAUCUACAGGAAGUAAGUCUUCCGAAGAGUACGCCUAACCCUCGAAGCAAUAAAGACGAGUCAUUGCCCAUCAAAGGCGGCGCUCUUAUCGAUUUGGACAUCAAUGAGACCGAAGAGAAAAUACCUCCAGAAGAGAGGAAUGGCAACAAUAAGACAGUCUCUCAGGCAAUGUCUCCGAACUCGAGUCGAAUGGCGAGUGAAAGACAGCCAAAAGAUGAUUCAGCGGACGAUAACGUGACAGAACAGGCGAACCAUAUAAUAAUCCCAUCGUAUUCCUCGUGGUUUGACUACAACUGCAUUCAUGCGGUCGAGAGGAGAGGAAUGCCUGAAUUCUUUAACGGCCGAAACAAAUCCAAAUCACCCGAAGUGUAUAUCGCGUACAGAAAUUUCAUGAUCGAUACCUAUCGGCUCAACCCAACAGAAUAUCUAACAGUGACUGCCGUUCGCCGUAAUAUCGCUGGCGAUGUGUGCGCUAUAAUGAGAGUUCACGCCUUUCUUGAACAGUGGGGUCUCGUUAACUAUCAGGUGGACGCCGAUUCACGGCCCACACCAAUGGGUCCGCCCUCUACCAGUCAUUUUCAUGUGUUGGUCGACACGCCGUCCGGCGUUCAGCCUCUAAACCCUCCGCGCGCUCCACAAUCAGCCGCUUCUCAAAUGCUGAACAUGACGUCUAAGGAUGGAGUGACCGAUAUUAAGAUAGAGGCCGACAAAAUGGGUGCUUCCGCUCUGAGCGACAACUUUGGUCUUAAGAUGGAUCAGUACGCCAAGAAAAACGCUUACUUUAAGAGCAAAGCGGCCGCCACUCUGUCUCGUGAGUGGACAGAACAGGAGACGCUUCUUCUUCUGGAGGGAUUGGAGUUAUAUAAAGACGAUUGGAAUAAAGUGUGCGAACACGUCGGUAGCCGUACUCAAGACGAAUGUAUUUUGCAUUUCCUUCGACUACCCAUUGAAGACCCAUAUUUGGAGGACUCGGCCGGAGUUCUCGGACCACUCGCUUACCAACCGAUUCCGUUCUCAAAGUCUGGAAACCCAAUCAUGUCUACCGUUGCGUUCUUGGCAUCGGUUGUUGACCCACGAAUCGCUUCUUCUGCCGCGAAGGCGGCAAUGGAUGAGUUCUCUAAGAUUAAAGACGAGGUUCCGGUCGCUCUAAUGGACGCCCACAUUAAGAAUGUUGAGGCGGCCGUCGCUUCUGACGGCAAUAUAGACCCCAAAGUGGGGCUUUCGAUGACAGGAAUUGCCGGCACAGCAGACAAAGAAGAAGAAGAACCCAAAGUCGAGAAAGAAGUUCCCGAAGACAAGGAAGUGAAGGAACCCAAUGAAGCGAAUUCGGCAUCUGAUAAGCCAACGCUUCCAACCGAUGAGCCAAUGGACACAUCGAAACCAAGUGAAGACAAACAGAGUACUAAUGACGAAGAGAGCGCUGCGGCCGACACUGAAAAGACUGUCUCAGAGGCCAUAAAGUCUGAGCCCAACAAAGAAGAGGCCGAGAAAGAUAAGAAUGUAAAGGAAUCUCAGAUAUCGAUCGCAGCGGCGGCUGCUUUAGGUUCGGCUGCAGUCAAAGCCAAACAUUUAGCGGCCGUUGAGGAGAGAAAAAUUAAGUCUUUAGUGGCUCUUCUGGUCGAGACUCAGAUGAAGAAAUUGGAGAUAAAACUGAGACAUUUCGAAGAAUUGGAAGCCAUUAUGGAUCGCGAACGAGAAACUCUCGAAUAUCAAAGACAACAACUGAUGCAAGAACGACAACAGUUCCAUAUGGAACAGCUUCGGGCGGCAGAGUUCAGGGCCCGACAACAGGCACACGCCAUGUUUGCAUCACAACAGGGAACGCAACCGACACCGGCUCUCAAUCAAACCGCGCCAGAAGUGGACGCACUACAAGGUUCGCAACGAACUGUUCCACCGGUCGCCCCAUCGGCCGCACCUAUUAUUAGACCCCCGCCUCCCAUGGCGUACAAUCAAUGGCAGAGACCGCAGAUUUCGGCGCCGCAGCAAAUGCCACAACCGAUUCAACAGCAAUCACAACCGCCGCCACAACAAUCACCACUACAUCAGGCAAUCUUAGGUCCGCAAACGCAUACACUGGUCGGCCAACCAUCUCAUUCUCCGGCGCCAACGCAACAGCCAAUGCCACCAGUCAUUCAAAAUCGGGCGCCACUUUCGCAACAAGUAUUUCCACAAUCCAAUCAAUUCGCUCCCAAUCUAUUAAACACUCAACCAAUUUAUGAACAAAAACCUCAAAUGAUUUCCCCGCAGCCAAUGCCGCCCACAUCCCAACCCCUCUCCCAACCCACACCACCGCCGCAACCCAUUCAACAGCUGCCGCCACCACUCCCUCCGCAACAGUUAUCACAACCUUCUUUGCAUCAACUCUCACAACCUUCACAGCCUUCUGCCCAACAACUUCCACAACAGUUACCACAACCCCCUCAACAGUUACCACAACCCCCUCAACAGUUACCACAUCCCUCUUUGCAACAGCUGUCACAGCCUCCGACCCAACUAUUAUCACAACCUCCACCCCCUCAACAACAACCACAACCCUUACCCCCUCAACAACAGCCCCAACAUUUAUCUCCACAACAGCAGCCCCAGCACUUACCCCCUCAACAGCAACCCCAACACUUACCCCCUCAACAGCAACCCCAACACUUACCCCCUCAACAGCAACCCCAACACUUACCCCCUCAACAGCCCCAGCAUUUAUCCCCUCAACAGCAACCCCAACACUUGUCCCCUCAACAGCAGUCCCAGCACUUACCACCUCAACAACAACCCCAACAUUUACCCCCUCAGCAACAGCCACAGUCCCAACUCUUACCCCCUCAACAACAAGUACAGGCACCGCCCCCUCAGCAUUUGCCCCCACAACACCAUUUUCAACAACUUUCGCAGCCCCCGGCGCAACAAUUACACCCCCUUUCGCAGCAAUUAUCGCAACCCCCCUCUCAGCAUAUGCCGCAACCUCUUUCUCAACCCCUAUCACAAGCGCUGUCUCAGCCUCUUUCGCAGCCUCUAUUGCAACCUCUGUCUCAACCCGUUUCUCAGCCUCUAUCGCAACCUCUAUCGCAGCCACUUUCGCAAUCUAUACCCCAAUCGCAAGCUUCUGCUGUUCCGCCACCACUACCACUACCGCCACACGUAUCUCAAGCGCCAGUAUCUCAACCAAUGCAGGCUUUGCCACAUAUGGCACCUCCAAUGCCUCAGUCUUCUCCUCCAAUGACAUCUCAAGUGCCACAACUAUCACCCGUUAAUCAGUUCGCACCACAACCUCGCGUACAGCCGGGACCACAACAGGGACAGCUCCAACCUGUGAUGGGUGACCAGAACACACUAAUGGCGCCGCAUAUUCCACCGCAAGCACAACCUGUGCCACCCCAUGCCGUACAUCCCAGUCCUAUGUCCCAUGUGAUGCCCCCGAACGCCGUACCCCCACAACCGCCCACCGGCGUUUGUGAGUCUAAUAGAGAGGAAACUCCAAACAUGUAAACAUUAUUUGGCUUCAAAUUUAAUAUUUUCUUCUAUUUCUUUUAAAUUAUUAUUUAAUACAACUGUUUAUAUAAUUGAAUGACCGGUACUUUUAGUUAAUUUCGUUGUCACUUAAAUUUAUUCAUAAAUAAAUCAUUUCUUCACUUUUAAACA